UUUAUAUUAAUAGAUAAAAAUAAUCUUAGCCUUUUAAUUUUGUUAUUAGUCAUCUGAAUCUGCGAGAAAAAUCUCUGCACGAACAGCAGACAUGGCGCUCAGCGAUGCCGACGUUCAGAAGCAGAUCAAGCACAUGAUGGCUUUUAUUGAGCAGGAAGCCAAUGAAAAAGCAGAGGAGAUUGAUGCCAAGGCUGAAGAGGAGUUUAACAUUGAAAAGGGUCGCCUGGUCCAGACUCAGAGGCUAAAGAUCAUGGAGUACUAUGAAAAAAAGGAAAAGCAAAUUGAGCAACAAAAGAAAAUUCAGAUGUCUAAUCUCAUGAAUCAGGCCAGGCUGAAGGUACUGAAGGCUCGUGAUGACAUGAUCUCGGACAUGCUGAAUGAUGCACGUCAGAGGCUGGCUAAUGUAGCCAGAGACCCGACCCGGUACUCUGCCUUGAUGGAUGGACUGGUGCUACAGGGCUUCUAUCAGCUACUUGAACCCAAAGUGUCAAUUCGUUGCUGCAAGCGGGACUUGGCCUUGGUGCAGGCUGCUGUGCAGAAAAACAUUCCUAUCUACAAAGCAGCUGUGAAGAACAGUAUUGAAGUCCGGAUUGAUCAAGAGAAUUUCCUCUCUCCCGAAAUCUCUGGUGGAAUUGAGAUCUAUAGUGCAGAUGGGAAGAUCAAGGUGGCCAACACUCUUGAGAGCAGACUUGAUCUAAUGGCACAGCAGAUGAUGCCUGAAAUUCGAGUUGCCCUAUUUGGUGUGAACCAGAACCGCAAAUUCAUGGAUUAAACAAGGGAAUCCAUGGGAAUCUCUGGGAAUCCAGGCACACUGAGGACCAUAACAGCAAACAGUGUUGUGUCUUUUUUUUUGUUUACCUAGAUGUAAGACUUCAUUCAUGUCUUGGUAAAUAGUAUUUAUCUUAAAACCAUUCAUGUAUGUAUAUGUCUGUGAUGUGAAUGUAUUGUUGCUGUAAAAAUCGGAGAAAUUAAGAACAAGUUCUUGAUUGGCUACUAAAAUGUGGUACUUGUUUUCUGAUUGGCUUUGCUUUUAGAUGUUAUGAAUGUUUACAAGAGAGUGUGAACACUUACUUGGACCCAGGUUCAAUCCGAAAACAUUCCCUAUUAUUUGUCUAUGUUUAAUUAUAGGCUUUACUGAGAAAGAAAUAACUUAUUAUGGUCUGUAAUGCUAAUGUAGUCAUUUUAAUAUUGUUUACUAGUUUUUGUUAAUUAUGUUAUUACCUUAGGUGCAGAUUACGUACUGUUAAAAACAAACAGGUUCUUGUGAAACACUGAAUAAAAUUGUUGUUGGAGUAAUACAUAAAUAAAGAGUAACCACUGUCA